AUGAGCAUCAGAAGUCUGGAAAGGAAGGGGAGGGCUGGGAAGCAGGAUGAGGUGGAGGUGAGCCCAGGACAAGAAGAGGGGGUGCAGAACUCCGACUCUCUCCCUGGCAGUAGCAGACAGUUGCCCACAGAGCCGUGCACGGAGCCUCACAGGGACUCUUUGCUGCCUCCACGAUGGAGAAUUACACACAGCUCCUGCCAGCUGGCGCAGGUGUUGGCCUCAGGGCUCAGCCUGAUGGCCUUCAUCCUACUGCUGGUCAUGGUCUUCUCCAAGAAAUGGCUGUGCCUCUCUAGGAGCCGCUUCUACCAGCGCUGGCCCACGAAUGUUAGCAACAGAAUCUACACGUCGGCCCAUAUCAUGUCCAUGGGGCUCCUGCAGAUCUGCAAAUCCAAGAGCUGUUCCAACUCAGAGAAUGGGAAAGACAGUUUUAAGCUGUGGACAAAUCACCCAGUCUUUGGGGUGGCCAAGAUAACCUUCUGCCUGGCGCUGGGGCUGGGCUUCGUCCUCACCAUCUGGUUGCACCUGCCAUACGUACCUGGUCUUCAGAGAUUUCCCUCCUUUGGCUGGAUUGGGACUGUCAUGAGCUUCUGUGAAGUUACCUUCAUUUUCUCCACCCUCAUGUUGUUUCCUGUUAACGUCUGGCUAUUCGAGUUGAAGAGGAAUUUAUCAGUCCCCAUGGGCUGGAGCUAUUUCAUUGGUUGGCUGGUGUUUAUACUAUAUGUCACCUGUGCGGUCCUCUGCUACUUCAACCAUAAAAGUUUCUGGAGUCUGAUUCUGAGCCGUCCCUCUGGUGCCGUGUCCUGCCGUAGCAGCUCCAGCUCAGCAGUUUCAGUUCCAGCAGUUCCAAGACUCUCUUUGAAUAAGCAGGUUGUCUCACACACCUCUGUCAACCAGGAGGAAGUCCUGUAUCCUGAGCAAAAGAAGCCACGUCUGUAA